AACAUAUUAUACAUCUUAUCCAUUUGCUCUCGUGUCACUCAAACACACCGAACUGCCUGGAAUAAAUCCAAGAAGCCCAAUACCUAUUCACAAGCAUCCUGCAUUUAGAAAGACAAGGAAGCUAACAGAACGAUUACGUGGUCCCUAUUUAUCAGACAAGAUAAUUUCACCUUUGCUUACGGGUUACCGAAACAACUGUGAGUGGCUAGCCACUCUAGCAGGUUCCAAAGCACGGUCAUAUCUGUGUUGCUUACCUGCAGCGGCGGCGGGGUUACUUUCACUGCUAGCGAACAGUCCCUAAUUACGGCCGGCAUCUGCUUUCGCCGAUGAGACAAUUGCUAUCUCAGCUUCAACUCACCAGCGGGCGACAAUCAAGAUGAAAAUCCUAUGUCUCCACGGAAGAGGCACCAGCGGUGCCAUCUUCAAGUCGCAGACCUCCACAAUCCGCUCCCGCCUCAAAGAAUCCAACAUCCAAUUUGACUUCCUCGACGGCCUCCACAGCAGCCCCCCAGCGCCUGGAGUCGACCUCUUCUACGAACCCCCCUACUUCACCUACUGGGAAGAUGACACAGCGACCGAAAUACGGCAAACCAGCACAUGGCUUAAAGCGCACAUCGCGCAGCACGGGCCCUACGACGCGGUCCUCACCUUCUCGCAAGGCUGCGCGCUAGCCGCCAGCGCGCUCCUCCUGCACGAAGCCGAAGAACCGCACAUGGCCCCGCCGUUCAAAGCUGCUAUCUUCAUCUGCGGCGGGUCCCCGCUGCCGAUCAUGGAGAGCGUGGGGUAUGAGAUUUCGGCGCGCGCGUGGGAUCUGGAUCAGCGGACGAGGGACGCGCUGGCGGCGCAGGCGGACUCGGCGUCGAUUUUGGAGCGGGGGUCGGAGAGGUGGAGUGGGGGUGGGGAUAUUUUGAAGGGGAUGUCGGUAGAUGAGGUGAGGGGGGAGAUUGGGGGUGGUGGGAGUGUGAAGAUUGGGAUUCCGACAGUUCAUGUUUAUGGGAAGAAGGAUCCGCGGUUUGUGGCGAGUUUGCAGUUGUUGGAGACUUGUGUGGCUGAGCGACGGAGGGUGUAUGAUCAUGGUGGGGGGCAUGAGAUUCCGAGGCUUGAGGCUGUUAGUUCCACUAUUGUGGAUUUGAUCAGGUGGGCGCUGAAGGAGGGCGGGGCGAUGGAGGGUAGUAGGUAGGACCUUUCGUGCGUGCAGGGGUAGGCGCGUGUUUUGGGUGGUGCCUAUUUAGGUUCCAUUGUUACCAUGAUACUCUCGAGUCUGAUGCCAAUCAGGGUGCAGUGGGAAUUGAUUAGGAUGACGCCAUUUGAUACUAUCGACAGGUUAAGAUUAGAGAGGGGAGAACCAAUGAUAGAAUAUCAUCUUCAAGCCACGAUAGGGCAUCAGCAACGGGAAUACGACGGACCUCAGCUCAGUAUGAAUGGCUUUGCCACAUUAGGCCACAGGCAGGAUGUCAU